ACAAGUCACUCAGGACCUCAUAUCUGAACAGACAGCUGAUAAACUCAGAAAUCAUAAUGGGACUGCUUGAGUUUAUUAAGGAUUAUUUUCUUGGUUUCUGGGACUAUGAGACCCCGAAGGUAAUGGUGGUUAAAAACAAAAAACUUGGAGUCAUAUAUAGGGGGGUUCAGUUUCUUGUGAUCACCUAUUUCAUCUGGUAUGUCUUUAUCAGUCAGAAAGCCUAUCAGGACAGUGAGACGAGGCCAGAGAGCUCAGUCUACACUAAGAUGAAAGGUACAGCACUGCUGGGGGACCACAUCCUGGACAUGGUGGAAUACGUCCGACCCUCAGAGGGCGGUGACGUGAUCAGUACAAUACUGAGACGAGAGGUCACACACAACCAGAGGCAAGGCACGUGUGCUGAGCAUUUCACCGUUCCCAGUGCCAACUGCUCAAAGGAUGCUGACUGCAUCUCAAGGGAAGUGAACUUUGAUGGCAAUGGACAGAGAACUGGGCGCUGUGUUCCCUACUACAACCAGACCUUCAAGACCUGUGAGAUUCAGACCUGGUGUCCUAUUGAGGACUAUGCCGCAAUAUGGGAGCCGGCAUUGGCAGAGGCCAUCAAUUUCACUGUUUACAUCAAGAAUGCCAUCCAUUUCCCCAAAUUUAAAGUGCUGAGAGGAAACAUCAAACCAAACAAACGAAAUGGGCAGAAAUAUCUGAAUAAGUGUCAUUACAAUGAGAAGAAACACCCCUACUGCCCCAUCUUCCGGCUGGGCUACAUCGCAGAACAGGCCAGGGAGAAGUUCAGCGAGCUCUGCAGGACUGGGGGAGUGAUUGGAGUGUUCAUCAACUGGAAGUGUGACCUUGACCUGGACCCCUCAGAGUGUACCCCCACGUACUCCUUCCGUCGCCUGGAUCUUCGGAAGAACCUGCCCAGCUCUGGCUACAACUUCAGGUUUGCCAAGUAUUACAGUAAGGACGGAGAAGAGUUCCGGACACUUAUCAAGGCCUUCGGGAUUCGUCUGGACGUCAUAGUUCAUGGACAUGCUGGACGAUUCAGCAUCAUCCCAACUAUCAUCAACACGGUGACAGCCAUGACAUCUGUUGGAAUAGUGAGUUUGAUUCUCAGCACUCUCGUGUGUUCCAUUAUCUGUGACUGGAUCAUGCUCACUUUCAUUGACAAGAACGAUAUCUACAGUGACAGAAAGUAUGAUGACGACAGUAAAGUGCCCAGCCCCAGCCAGCUCCUCACAGUUCCCACAGAAUUCACCAUCAGCUAUGGCUCCAACCACUCAGACCUGUCAGAGGGAGUGGCCCUGUGAUGUCCUGCCGCUACAGUGCUAUUUGGCCACAUGCAUGGAGGAUGCUAUUCCUCAGACACCUGACUGUUGGACGGACAGACAGACAGACAGGACGGCCUUUCCCCCAAUCGGUCUCAGACGUCCGCAGAGAGGCCUCUGAUGGGUCCACCUCUGCGGAAUUUAACUGAAAGACAGCCAAGACUUGAUGGGUUAGUGUCAAUUCCUGUUGGUUCAGGAAUUGAAUUAUACACCAAUAAAUAAAUUCCAUGUCCAGUUCAAUUGACAGGGACUGAAAUUAUACUGUUAAACCCAAUCUCAAAUGAUUGCAAAUUGUUUGAAUUGAACACAAGAAAAAUAAACCAAAUCAUUUAUAGCAAUCAGCUAAACGUGUUGGAGUAAAUUUUUACUGAGAACCCUCUUUCCACAGUCUAACCCGAACCAAGUCAAUAACUGUAUACUGUAAUCUAUAUAUGCAAACAUAACAAUAAAUGUCUAACCAACUU